AAAAAAAGAAGAAGAACCCUGUACACGGAAGUUCCUCCGAACUUCAUGCAUGUCAGAGAUCGUCUCCCUCGCUCGCCUCUUCCUCGCUGUUUGAAUCCGGGUUUUGCUGUGACAGCGGGUGACAGCGGGAUGGCGGAGCGAGCUAUGGCGGUGUGUGGGAGAGCCCAAGCCGGCGGGGAGCCGGAGUGAGCGCACAUUAGAUCCGCGAAGCUCAGCGGUCAAUGGACUCCAGGAGCUGAGGUCCUUGACACCUGGGUCGAGCCUCCAGUACCUGGACUGAGACAGACACAGAGGACAGGAAGCUUUUAGUUUCCACCAGAGACAUUUGGCUUCGUCUGUCAAGUUGCUGUCGAGGCGCCAUUGAAGGAAAGAAGGAAAGAAGGAAAGAGAGGAGGCUACCCACCGACAAGGGGCCAUGGCUUCUACCCGGCUGAAGUACCUGUCUCUGGGCGUGCUGGUGUUCCAGACCACCUCCCUGGUGCUCACCAUGCGGUACUCCCGCACCCUGCAGUCCGAGGGCCCGCGGUACCUGGCCUCCUCCGCUGUGGUGGCGGCCGAGGUCAUGAAGAUCAUCGCCUGUGUGCUGCUCGUCUUCAAGGAGCACAAUUACAGUUUAAGAGCUCUGAACAUCAUCCUGCGCCAGGAAAUCCUCCAAAAACCCAUAGAAACACUGAAGCUGGCGAUCCCCUCUGGGAUCUACACCCUGCAGAACAACCUGCUGUACGUCGCCCUGUCAAACCUCGACGCAGCCACAUACCAGGUGACGUACCAGCUGAAGAUCUUGACCACAGCCCUGUUCUCCGUGUCCAUGCUGGGCCGCAGGCUGGGCAUCUACCAGUGGCUCUCUCUACUCAUUCUUAUGGCAGGAGUGGCUCUCGUGCAGUGGCCCUCUGACUCUGCUGCUCCGUCUGACAAAGAGGUGGAGGAAACGUCCACAGGCUUCAUCGGAGUGGCAGCCGUCCUGGUGGCGUGCUGCUCCAGUGGCUUCGCUGGCGUCUACUUUGAGAAGAUUCUGAAGGAGAGCAAACAGAGCGUGUGGGUCCGCAACAUCCAGCUGGGGAUGUUUGGUCUGGUGUUUGGCCUCUUUGGGAUGAUGACCUACGACGGAGAGAGGGUGAAGGAGUCGGGAAUGUUCCAGGGCUACAAUAAAGUCACCUGGGCUGUUGUCGCGCUGCAGGCCCUGGGAGGUCUGGUCAUAGCAGCGGUCAUCAAGUAUGCAGACAACAUCCUCAAGGGCUUUGCUACGUCGCUCUCCAUCAUCAUGUCCACGGUCAUAUCGUACUUCUGGCUGCAGGACUUCGACCCCACUGGCGUGUUCUUCCUUGGGGCCAUUUUGGUCAUCACGGCCACUUUCCUGUAUGGCUACGAGGGCAAGUCAUCCCCCAACCCCAGCAGGGCUUAGGAGGACAUCACGGCUGACACCACCACAGCAGCUGGAGGCCCUGUUGAAGCGUGAAGACGAGGAGGGGAAAAGAGGACAGGGAUUUAAAAAAAAAAAAAAAGAGGGGGAAAGGUCUUUAUCUUAUGUUGUGAUCGCCAAAAGGAGGAGCGGAGGAAUUGGAGGUGAGGAGGUAAGCAGGCUGGGACAGGAGAAGUGCAGCAAGCACAACACUGUGAUUGGUCCCAAACACCAAAAGUGCCUGACCAGGACAAGUAACCAGUGAGAUAAGAAAACUGGUGAAACAGGAUUGUAUGUUUUUCUUGUCUUUCAUUAACUGCCGCUGUAGAGAUAAUCAUAAGUCCUCUCCAGGGCUGGAGAGACAUUCGCGACUGGACCGACUGGUUGUGUUUAAGAACCUGUUUGACUGCCACUCACUGAUCCAACCGAACAAUUCAAGAUUUAAGAGGACAGAGAGGCAGGAGUUUCUCAAUCUGCAGCUGUCGGCUCAUUCACCUCACGGUUGUGACAUCCAACAUUCUGAUAGAUGAGUUGAUCCCUCCCGGCCGUUGCUUUCUCUAAAGCCUUGUACGAUACUGCAGCAGUCUCACGGUUCAGAUUGCGAAUAGUCGAUCUUAGCAUUGGAGCCGCGGUUGAGGUGGAAUUUCCUUACAUCUGCCUCCGGGGCAAACACCGAUCAAUCACACAAAGAUGUUGCCAUUGGAAUGAUGUUAUCUGAGUUAUGGUUCGCACCAUGCCCUUUGUUCAGCUAUUUUUGGAAACAGUUUUUGUUGCCAGGCAACAUAUAGUCACUGAGGCAUCUUUGAUAACAUACAUAUCAGUGUGUGCGGCUCCGGUCUGUCUUUAAUCUGGGUGUAUGAAUAAUUUAACUUGAUGCAGUUGGAGGUCGUAACAAGGAUGUGGAUUAUUAUUUAAUGAUAGAUUUUUGACGUGGAAAAGGUGUUUUUGGGACCAUUUAAAUCAUAAUGGAUUAAUAAAUCUAAAUUAAUUCUCUGUUUACCUUAUGCGUUAAUGAAUUAAACAAAAGUUUACAUGACUUUUCAAAGCAUCUGUUUAUCGUCGCCCACCUCGUGUCCUGUGCUUGUGUAACUUUAUAUUCUGUUGAUUCGAAGAAGAGAAAUCUAAAUGUUACUGAAGUUUUAAAGUCAAGUCUGAACUAUUGAAACUGGUCACAUCAGCUUACCUACCUAACAUCGAAGCUUACCUGGGACUGUAUACUUUGAUUGGAGUAUUUUGUCUUGAACUACUUUCUUUUGGAUAAAGCGGGUAUAAUAAAUAACUCCAUGAUUUUAA